AUGGUGGAAGCAUCCGAGUCCGGUGAGUCCGGGGAUUUGGUCUUCUCUGCCAGCCGUGGUGAACAGUCAGCGUAUCUUCUCGCACCCCGUCAGGGCUGCGGUAGCUUCGUAAAUCUGGUCAGGAACAGAGAAGCUUUUGUGAGCUUCAUGCGCCAAGUCCUGCACCUCAUUGAGAAGGUCGAGGGCCACCAAAGCUAUCAUCUCCGAGUUUCUGCAGGCUCAGAGCCAUCCUCAGGGAGCGGGCGUGGGGGGCGUUUUCUACCUCCACUGAGCGACCAGCUGGCGGCCCACAUUCGCCAAGCAGGCUUUUCGGUCUUUGUCUUUGCCGACAGCGAUCGCAAGCGAGAGCCUUCAGAUGCUGACAACCUGCUGAGUUUGGACGCCCUGGUUGACUACAUGGAUGCAUCUGGCAGGCAAGUGCAGCUGCCAAUUACAUCCCGUGACAUCACCCUUCGUGCUGGUGCUUUCACCCGUUGUGUACUUGAUGCACAGGGUCGCCCUAUCUUGGUUGUGGUCCCGAACCGCUGCGUGCAGUUUCAGUCGGAAUGCAGUGAUGACGAACUGGCUGAGCUUUGGUCUCUGGCACUGGAUGUUAUCGAUGACCAGCGGGGCCAGAAGGAUGGUGAUCAGUUUGAGAGCAUGCGCCUCAAUGCUGGCUCAUUCCAAAAUAUUCGGCAUCUACACCUCAAGGUGUGGAUGAGUGGCCAUAGCUUCCGUGCCAAGUGGGCCCACCAUCCCGGCUACAAGGUCCUCGCCGAGGGUGCGUAUGCUCGACUUUACGCUGUGCAGGAGCUGAACGACCCAGUCCGGGCCAAGCGCGCGUUCGAGGUAAGAGCAGCCUGUUGGGUGGAUCCGAAUGAGUUCUGUUGGGAUGCAGAAGAAGGCACCGACAGCGGAGGCAAGGGUAGCGCAUCUGAAGGUCGCGGCAAGGGGACUUCUGCUCAAAGGGUGCUGGGUCGUGGCCAAAGCCCGCACAGCGAAAGCAGCACGCCUUCGUUGAUGCCACCCAACCCAGCGAUGGCAGCCCAUGCCUGGUCCACAGACGAAAGCAGCCCGGACGAGGCUGCAGAAGACAGAUUCCUUUUCGGAGAGGAGACAAGGAGCUCAAGCGGCGGCUACAUGAAACGCCGACGUUCAUCUCGGGCUGCAGGCAGCGAAAGGAGCGUCCCCUCGGAGAGCUCCACGCGCGAGGACCAGGCCGGCAGGAAUGAACGGUCGAGCCCGCACCGGCGAUCCUUGCUGGAAAGCCUUACAGAAGGGGUGGCGAACCUCUGGGCCCGCCCAGAGGCCCCACAAGCGACUCCACCUUCGUCGCGGGACUCCUUCCAAUCGACGGUCCUAAUAAGCAAGGAUGAGGCUGAUCCGGAGGAGGUCAGGCACCCGAGCAACAACGACAGUCUGACGAAGGCGAAAGUUUGGCUGAAGGCUUCGCUGCAGACUCGCAGGCAGGCUGCUGGAUUGCCAUGCAAAAGAGAUGACUGGCGGCUGGUAGCAUACCUCCGUGAGGCAAGACGCGGGACGCUCUUUGAUGCAGCCGACUUGGCCAAGAGCUGGAAGAGGUGA